AUGAAUACACAAAGAUACACUAUCACCAUCUUCAUGCUGUUUGUCUUAAUUUUAGUUACGAAAAAUAUUGUAGUAUCGGCACCAGCGCCAGCACCUGAUACCAUGAGCACUACCACUGUGACGAACUUUGUUAAUAGUACUUGUUUGCAAAAUAAUGGUACAACUACAGCCAACGAUGCAACUGGUGCCAUAAAGACCGUGGUAACCGAUGCCACAACCUCAAGUUAA